AAGAAUUAAUUGUUUUUUUUUAAUAUUUAAAUUAGCAAUUGUAAUGAUGAUUGUAUUUUUUAUUUAGAAAAUUAAAUAUGAAAAAAAUAAUGUUCUUCAAAGGCUGAUAUGAAUAGCUGAUAAUCAGUUGGACCGCUUGAUGAAUCAUAAGAAAAUGUCCUACGAAGAAAAUGGAUCAUCUACUUGAUACUAUUUUUUUUUUUUGUAAAUAAAAAUUCUAGUUUUGUUCCAUUUGAUUGCUGUUUGAAGAUGUCCAUCACCUGGAGCGAUCAGGAAAAGAUACAUACAUGUAAAAUUUUCGAAGAUAAAUAUGUUAGUGUAUAAGCUAACAUACACAUAAUUAUAUCUCAAUAAUAUAUAUUUUUUAUCCUGCUUGUAUGCAAGACUCUUGAGUCGAUACGUUGUACGUUGAAUUCUCGCCCAAGCAGUCAGUGCUUUGCAGUUGUUUGAGUGAUUUCGUAUUGAGACUGUCGUGCCUUUAAUAAAUAAAAAAUGUUUAAUUUAAAAAGUUUCAAGUAUAAUAAUAAAUAUAAUAAUAGAAAUCCAUCCUUUCCACGACCGAAAAUUGUGGGAUAUUUUAGUAUUGAUGCAGAAAAUUCAUACUGUUCUAAUUUAUCAAAGUUGAAAUAUUUUCAUCAAGGCGCGUCUAUUAAAAAAGAUGUAAAAUUUGAUUUAAAUUAUGGCAGAGAGAAUACCACAAUAACUGAUUCAUUGGAAAAAAACUUGGACCAUACAUUAUUGUGGAUCCAAGAUAAUGUUAAUAAAAUAAAAGCUGAUGAUGAUGAUGAUGAAAAAUGGAUCAAACCAGAUUUCAUUUGUUCUCGUGGUGUUCUUACGAGCAUCAUGAAGUCCAUUUAUCACCCCAAAGAGCCUUGGACUAUUCUCGCAGCCAAGUUCAGGGGAACUAUUUAUAUGAAAAAAGCACCAAGACCAAGCCUCCAAUACAACAACAUGGAUGAAGAACAAAAAAAAUUUCAAGAAUGGGGAUUGAAGUUUGGCAGUUUUUUGUUAACAGAUGAUCCAACUCAACCACCUGAUCCAUCACUACCAACAAAUGAAAAAGAAACUUUUUCAUGUAUUUUUAAAACUAAUUUAAAUAAUAAAAAAUUAUUAUAUGAAGCAAUGGUAGAUGGUGUGGUUUCAAACAAAAAACUCCAAGAUCCAAUUCAAGAUUUAAAUAAGCUGGAGUUGAUUGAAUUGAAAACAUCCAAAGAAAUGAAUCCAUUAAAAUCACCUUAUAUAAAUAAAUAUAAAUCUUUGAAUACAUGGGCAUCGUGCUUUUUAACAGGAAUAUCCAAGAUAAUAUAUGGAUUUAGGAAUUCAGAUGGCAUUGUGGAAAGAAUUGUUGAAUAUAAUACAUCAAAACUCAAAGAAGACAACAAGGAUCAUUGGGAUGGCGUGGUUUGCAUGAACCUGUUAGAUCAAAUACUUGAUUAUUUGAAGUUUGAAGUGGUACUUGAUCAUGAUGAAGCAAUUUAUCAAUUUGAAAGAUUUUCAUUUGAAGAUCAAAUUGAAGUUUCUCAAUUAGAUGCCAAAAAUUCAUUUUUACCAGAAUGGUUCACUAAAAGUACAUCUUUUCCUUAG